AUGCGUCUACGCCAGUUCCAGAAACCAAACGCCACUGUGGAGGCGCAGUGGAGUCAACUACAAAAUGACAUUCACUCUACUACUCUGGGCUUUCUUGGUCGCGCACACUGCCAGCACCAGAACUGGUUUGAUGAUAAGGACGGACCAAUCUGUAUUCCGCCGUCCGAUAAGGAUAGGUUGCACGAAGUCUACAUCAACCGCGGCAAUUAUGCCAACAAGAUAACCUUGUUCGAUCGAACACAGGCGCUAGCCGAAAAAAGGAUUUUUGCUGCAUUUUUGUUUUACCGCAUAAAAAAGACACUUUCACCUCUCUAUGGCGCGAGACCACCUUUAUGA